AUACAUAAUUAAAUUUUGACAUUAUUUCAGUUGGUAGACUAUAAAAUAUGUUUGGUGUUUUAAGAGUAGCAAUUUUAAGCACUCGAUAAGCUCGUAGUUUCAGUUUGUUUCAUUAUCCAAUUUAUUUGUACAUUUUUUUUCAUCAAUCUGCGUCAAAUGAGCAGGAGGAAAUUUCAGUAUGGUACCUAAUGGUAGAUGAAUGCUUACCACUUUAUUCAGGUAAUUUAAGAGCAUAGAUACCAAUGCGUUUGUAUGUUCCAAUUUUUUUUUUCACACAAACGUGAAAAAAAUACCACACGAGGAUGAAGAACUUCACACAUUUGGCGAUUCUCACGAUCGCGAUUUCACUGAGAUACGUCAAGAGCGAAAAUGACACACCAAGUUAUAAAAUAGCAGCUCUAUUACCCUUGUUGAAAGAAAAUCCCAAUCGAGUAUUCAAUGCUGACCCUGAGUGUUUGGAUGAGUUACAAGAUGGCGCACUGCAGACAGUGGAAGCUUUAUAUUAUGCAUUGGAUUCAGUAGAAAGAGACUUUCGCACCUCAUCCAACUUCACCUUGGACGCUGAAGUUUUUGAAACCUGCGGAAAUAAGCUGACAAAUAUAAAUCAUUUGUAUAAAAUAAACGCAGACGUGACUAGAAGGCCCAAGACAGAUCCAUCAAAUUCUGAAAAUAACUCGUCUAUAUUGGCUGGAAUCGUAUAUCCGAAUGAUUUCGGACCAUUUGAUUACGAUAGGCUAUUCAAGUCGAUGAAGUUGAUGCACAUCAGUUAUACAGGACCAUCGAAAAUCAGCUUCAACAUGGAAGAAAUCGAAUCACUCGCUGCGAUAUUUUCUACCUCCGGUCAUUUUUUCGUUCUUGAUGUUAUGUUUGAAAUUUUGGCAUAUCACCAAUGGCGACACGUUAAACUGAUAGGCCCCGAUGAUUUUAUAGGAUAUGAUUACCAAAAAAGCAAUUUUGUCAGACGCGCGCGCGAGUUAGCUGGAGCUUAUGAAAUCUGCAUAGGACAUACUGUAAGCACCAUUCAGUUGUCUGCUAAUGGGAUAUAUGGAUCAGAAUUAUUAAGAUAUGAGCAAGCAUCGUCCAAUACAACUGAUGUAAUUAUUUGUUACUGCGAUGGAAAGAAUAUAGCGGUAUUAAAAGAACUACUAAUAAGAGAAAACAGAACGAAAACGCCGGCAAAAACAGUGGUUAUCGCGGGAAGUACAGACGAAUCUUGGAAGUAUGGAGAAAUGACAUGGGAACCUAAAUUGGGAGACUUGUACUACGUCACACCAGCGAUGGAUCAGUACCCUAAGGCAUUUCAUGAUUAUUUUACGUCACUUUCUGUGGAAAAUUUCACAAAACAUUCUUAUUUGGAAAAGUUCAGGCAACGGUAUUUCAAAUUCAAGACCGGAAGCAACGAGACAUUCAACGGAGCGAAUACAUAUAAAACCAUUUACAAGAAUAAUUCUCGGGUAUUCGGCAUCAUUAAAUCAGUUUACACAAUUGCGUAUGGUGUGCUUGGAUCUGGACAUGGUAUGUUCGGACUAGCCCAUUGGACGUCUCAGCCUGAACUUCUCAGAUUUUUUUUAUUCGGCCAAGAAGUGAGUUUCACUCAGAAACGCUUUCCAUCAAUGGAAAAAUUUGAUAUAUACAAAUACCAAGCAACAGACAAUACAGAAAAUCGCAAUUUCAUCAAAGUCGCAGAAUAUCAGAAACAUCGCGAUGAAGACGAACCAUCGCAACAGGAAAGGUCGGGCGUAUUUCGAAUACAAGGAAAUCUGACUGUCCUCGAUGAAAAACUUUUCCAGUAUUCAAAAUCUCAUGUAAAGUCAGAAUGCACCGAGCCUUGUCCACCAGGGCAGAAGAAGACAUUGCUAAGAGACCAGUGUUGUUGGAAUUGUACCCCAUGUGACGAUAUUUUUGAGAUAGUAGAUGAAAAUGCGACAUCGUGCGAAAAAUGCGGAAUCGGUUUGAUGCCGAAUUCACAUAGAAAUCAAUGCAUCCCAAUUCAAAUUCAAUUACCAAAAGAUUGGAACGAGGAACAGAAUUUAAUAUCCAUUGGGUUUUCUUCAUCUUCCAUCAUAUUGGCAGUGAUUAUAUCGUGUGUAUUUGCCAAAUAUCAAAAUACUCCGGCUGUCAAGUCGACCACCAAAGAACUAUGCUACAUAAUGUUUGCUGGUAUCAUCUUAUCCAAUAUUACAAUUUUGUAUUCGGCUUUAAGCCUCAGUUUUAAAUCAUCAAGUGUGAAGACUUUACCGGCGAUAGGAUUUGCAAUGGUAUACGGUGCACUGGCGGUAAAAACCAAUCGAGUUGCUCGCUUAUUAGCCAUACCGAAACGUAAAUUCGCUAACAUGAAUCUCAAAUAUGUCUCACUGAAUGCUCAGAUAACGAUAACCUGUAUACUUAUCGGAGUAGAAGUAAUCAUAUGCUGGAUCGCGGUGCAAACUACAAAUAUGAUGCAGAGUUUUGAUCCAAUCGACAUAGUUUUAAGGGAUUAUUACUUACACGGAGCGUUUUUCAUCGAAAUUUUCAGUUUCAUAGCGUUGUUGGUAUUGCUCUGCACGUAUUACGCAUUCAAAACGAGAAACGUUCCGGAAAAUUUUAACGAAACUAAGUACAUCGGGUUUGCGAUGUACGCGACGGUGAUAACAGCGAUUGCUUUCAGUCUGGUAUAUUUUAAUACUGAUAAAAAGAUAUUGGUUACACAUUUAUGCAUUUCCAUUAACUCGUUAACCAUUUUGACUUUCUUGUUUUCGCAUAAACUGUACAUCAUUUUUUGGACACCGAACAAAAACACUAGAGUUCAUUUCUCACCUACGUCUUCCAGUGUACGAAGCUACAUCGGGAAAGAACAGAGACCUUCCAUCCAAGAUACCAAAAGACAAACAACGAUUGCAGAUGAGAAAAAUAAACAAGCACGCAACUUCGACUCCGGAAUUAUGACAGAACAUCGCUCCACUUCAAGCACAAAAUCAGAGACAGAUGAAAUAAUCACAGAAACAUUACUCUAGAAUAGACGAUUCAGAAUAUUAUUGAAAGAAGCUAAAAAUGCAUCAAAAUCCCCAAUUACGCAACCAAUGGGCGUCAUAAUCAUAACAUAAGUUGGCUGCUACGACGUUAUGAAUUUUUCGUCAUUCUAGACACAUUAUGUAAUAGGAACUUAUAAUAUUAUGUAUCCUUUUAAAAUUAGGUACACAUCUAUUAAACUUGAAGUUGAUUAAUUUGUAAG